ACCGGCACCGGCACCAGCGCGGGCAGCGGGCGGCGGGCAGCCGCGCCGGGCAGCGGGAACGCCGGGAAGCGAGGAGCCGUGGGCAGCGGGGAGCCGGGAGCACCGGGAAGCGGGAAACCGUGGGCAGCGGGAGCACCGGGAAACGGGGAACUGUGGGCACCGAGAGCACCGGGAAACAAGGAACCGUGGGCACCGGGAGCAUCGGGAAACAAGGAACCGUGGGCACUGGGGAGCCGCGAGCACCGGGAAGCGGGAAACCAUGGGCACCGGCAGCACCAGGAACUGGGGAACCAUGGGCACCGGGGAGCUGGGAGCACCGGGAAAACAGGAGCAUCGGGAAAGGGGAACCGUGGGCACUGGGGAGCCAGGAGCACCAGGGAACCGGGAACCGGGGAACCAUGGGCACUGGGUAGCUGGGAGCAUGGGAAAUAGGGAACUGUGGGCACCAAGGAACGGGGAAACCGGGAGCACCAGGGAGCUGGAAAACCAUGGGCACUGGGAGCGUCGGGGAAGCGGGAACCGGGGAACCGUGGGCACUGGGGAAAUGGGAGCACCCGGGAAAUGGAAGCACCAGGGAGCUAGAAAACCGUUGGGUACUGGGAACCGGGAAACCAGGAGCACUGGGAAAAUGGGAAACUGUGGGCACCGGGGAGGUGAAGAACCGGGAAAUGAGCAACCAUGGGCACCGGGGAACCGGGAAACCACAGGCACCAGGGAAUGGGAAAGCCGUGGGCACCAGAGAACCGGUGACACCGAGGAGCUGGGGAACUGGGAGCAUCAGAAAACUGUGGGCACCAGGGAACUGGGAGCACUGGGGAGCUGCAGCACUGGGGAAAUGGGAAGCAGUGGGCACUGAUGAACCAGGAGCACCGGGCAGCCACAUCACGGGGGAACCGGGAGCACCAGGAAACCGCGUUGACUUCAAGAUGAAGACCAUCGAAGUGGAUGGCAUUAAGGUGCGGAUACAGAUCUGGGACACGGCAGGCCAGGAGCGGUACCAGACCAUCACCAAGCAGUACUACCGGCGGGCACAGGGCAUCUUCCUGGUGUAUGACAUCAGCAGCGAGCGUUCCUACCAGCACAUCGUGAAGUGGGCCAGCGACGUGGAUGAGUACGCGCCUGAUGGCGUCCAGAAAAUCCUCAUUGGGAACAAGGCGGACGAGGAGCACAAGAGGCAAGUGGCCAAAGAGCAAGGGCUGCAGCUGGCCAGGGAGUAUGGGAUGGACUUCUACGAGACCAGCGCCUGCAGCAACCUCAACAUCAAGGAGUCCUUCACACGGCUGACGGAGCUGGUGCUGCAGGCGCACCGCAAGGAACUGGAGGGGCUGCGGGCCCCCCCCCGCGCCCCCGCCCUGGCCCGCCUGGAGGAGGAUGAGCAGCAGCCUCUGGGGAGCGAGGACAGCCCCAAAGCCUGCUGGUGUUGAAGCCUGGCCCCGCCCCGCCCCCCCCCCCCCCCCCAGGCCUGUGUUGGGGGGCCCACGGCGGGUGCGGGAUUGGGGCAGCCCCAAUGGAAGGGGGGGUGUGGCCGGUGCCUGGUGGAGGGGAGUGACCCAGGAUGUGCCCCCCCAGGGAUGGCGGGGGCCAGGCAGGCAUCAUGGGGGUGUCCCCCCAUCCUGGCACCCUGCAUCCUGGCACACAUGCUCCCCCAUGGUGCAUGGGGUUGGGCGGGGGGCUGUCAUGGGCGCUGUGUGCCCACCCCAUGCCCCUGGGGACACCCACCCCCCCGAGUUUUACACACACACACACACACACACACACACAC